UCGCGCGCGGAGCUCCCCGGCGGCGCGGUCCCGGCGGCGCGGGCGGCAUGAAGACGAGCCGCCGCGGCCGAGCGCUCCUGGCCGUGGCCCUGAACCUGCUGGCGCUGCUCUUCGCCACCACCGCCUUCCUCACCACGCACUGGUGCCAGGGCACGCAGCGGGUCCCCAAGCCCGGCUGCGGCCAGGGCGGGCGCGCCAACUGCCCCAACUCGGGCGCCAACGCCACGGCCAACGGCACCGCCGCCCCCGCCGCCGCCGCCGCCGCCGCCGCCGCCGCCGCCGCGGGGAACGGCCCCCCUGGCGGCGCGCUCUACAGCUGGGAGACGGGCGACGACCGCUUCCUCUUCAGGAAUUUCCACACCGGCAUCUGGUACUCGUGCGAGGAGGAGCUCGGCGGGCUCGGUGAAAAAUGUCGCAGCUUCAUUGACCUGGCCCCGGCAUCGGAGAAGGGGGUCCUGUGGCUGUCGGUGGUCUCCGAGGUGCUCUAUAUCCUCCUGCUGGUGGUUGGCUUCAGCCUCAUGUGUCUCGAGCUUUUCCACUCCAGCAAUGUCAUCGACGGGCUCAAGCUCAAUGCCUUCGCAGCUGUCUUCACGGUGCUGUCAGGCCUCCUGGGAAUGGUAGCCCACAUGAUGUACACGCAAGUAUUCCAGGUCACUGUGAGCCUCGGCCCUGAAGACUGGAGACCCCACUCCUGGGACUACGGGUGGUCCUUCUGCCUGGCGUGGGGCUCCUUUACCUGCUGCAUGGCGGCCUCUGUCACCACACUCAACUCCUACACCAAGACGGUCAUUGAGUUCCGGCACAAGCGCAAGGUCUUUGAGCAGGGCUACCGGGAGGAGCCAACCUUCAUAGACCCUGAGGCCAUCAAGUACUUCCGGGAGAGGACACCAUCCGCACAUGGGAGAGUCCUGGCCCCGGGGCUCUGCACAGGAGGUGCCAGAGCUGAACCGCCAGUGCUGGGUGCUGGGGCACUGGGUGUGACUGAGACCCAGCGCGGCCCCCGGACCUCAGGCCGCCCGCCAGAAGACUGCUCUGGUGCCCCUGGAAAGCUGGCCUGUGUGCUGGGAACUCAGCCAGCCUGCGCGGGAGACACAGGCCUGCCCUCCCCACUGCCUCCUGGGGCUCAGGGCUCUGGACAUGGAGCUGGAGUGGCCUGACGGAGUGCACAGGGCUGCGCAUGGCGACUCUGGGACAGCAACCCCUGACUCUUGCCACCGUCACAUGCAGCACCCUGUCCGGUGCAGCUGGGAUACCACGGAAAGCCGGCCAGGAAGUUCAGGGCGUGUCCGGCGGCGCGGAGCCCUGCACGAGGCAGGGAGCGGGUGGGGCUUCCUGGCGUUGGCACCACAGGGUGGGGGGGGGCACACAGCAGGCACACAGCAGGGGCACAAUAAAUGCUUGUUGAACCUGUUUUCUUGCUAUGUGUGGAGGCCAGUUGCUCUCUGGGCUGUGGCUGCUCCCCCAGGGCCCCACCCUAUCGGGUCCUCAAGGAGCCUGAAGGUGGGACAGCCUGAGUGUGCUGGGGUCAGGGCCAGACACUGAGGUGCCGGAAGGAGGGAGCCCAGAGUGGAAGCUGGGUCUGGGGUGUCAGGGUCAGGGCGGAGCCAGGCUGGCAGGCUGCCUUGGAUUCCAGAGGGUGGGCAAGGUAAGGAUGGGACAGGCAGGUGGGGAAUUUGGGAGACAGGCCCUCAAGCCCAGGCCUUAAGCUGUCCUGACCCCAUGGGGACCCUUGACCCUGUGUCUACAGCUACCUUUACAUCAAGUUCUGGGGCUUAGGUGCCUGGGGGAAACAUCCCUAUUAUAAAGAUGAGGGAACUUAGGGUCACAGAGAUGAAGUAACUUGCCCAAGAUCACAGAGCUAGUAAAUGGCAGAGAUGGGGUCAGACCCAGGACUUUAAGAAGCCUCAUCCCGUUCCAGAAGGAUUUCUAGAGCUUUCCCCCAAGUAGAGAAUGUUCUUCAUCCGUCCGUAAGUCCAUCUAUCAUCCAUCCAUUAUUCAUCCUCCAUCAUCC